GCCACACCGUCAGUCUGGUGCGGCAACAGCAGGAGACAGCAUCAACAUGGCCAUGGAGAUGGAGCCCGCGGAUGUGAUCCGCCUGAUAAUGCAGUAUCUUAAGGAGAACAACCUCUACCGAACACUGACCACCUUACAGGAGGAAACCACUGUCUCACUCAACACAGUGGAAAGUAUCGACAGUUUCAUUGCAGAUAUAAACAGCGGCCACUGGGACUGUGUCCUGCUGGCCAUUGAGUCCCUCAAGUUGCCUGACAACACGCUUAUUGACCUUUAUGAGCAGGUUGUAAUGGAGCUCAUUGAAAUGAGAGAGGUGGGUGCAGCUCGCUCGCUCCUCAGACAAACUGACCCGAUGAUCAUGCUGAAGCAGACUCAGCCAGAGAGGUAUAUCCACUUGGAGAACCUGCUGACAUGCUCCUACUUUGACCCUCGUGAGGCAUACCCGAAAGGCAGCAGCAAGGAGAAGCGACGCAGGGCAAUAGCUGAGGCACUGGUGAGGGAGGUCAGUGUGGUGCCGCCUUCUCGCCUCAUGGGGCUCUUGGAACAAGUUAGCUCUCUGAGACUACAGCAGUAUCCGGGUCAUCUCUCCCCAGACGUGACCAUCAACACGUCUGGCAACAAGGACAGGCAUGUGGAGAAAGAGAGCUUUCCAACCCAGCUGUACCGCCACAUCAAGUUUGGACGGCGGUCACACGUGGAAUGUGCCCGUUUCUCCCCUGAUGGAAAGUACUUAAUCACCGGAUCAGUGGAUGGGUUCAUUGAGGUCUGGAACUUUAACACUGGAAAAAUUAGUAAGGAUUUAAAGUACCAGGCCCAAGAUAGCUUCAUGAUGAUGGAUGAUGCUGUGCUGUGUAUGUGCUUCAGUCAGGAUACUGAUCUACUGGCAACUGGAGCUCAGAAUGGCAAAAUAAAGGUGUGGAAGAUCCAAAGUGGCUUGUGCCUGCGCAGGUUUGAGCACGCUCACAGCAAAGGUGUGACCUGUCUGAGCUUCUCCAAGGACAGCAACCAGAUCCUCAGUGCCUCCUUUGACCAGACCAUCAGAAUCCAUGAACUGAGGUCCGGCAAGACACUAAAGGAGUUAAAUGGCCAUUCGUCGUUUGUAAAUGAUGCAUCUUUCACUCAAGAUGGAUUUCACAUCAUCAGUGCCUCAUCUGAUGGCACUGUUAAGAUUUGGAACUCAAAGACUUGCAAGUGCAUCCACACCUUCAAAUCGCUGUCCCGGACAUCGGAGGUCCCCGUCAACAAUGUGAUUCCUCUACCCCAAAACCCAGAGCACUUUGUGGUUUGUAACCACUCCAAAAAAGUCGUCAUCAUGAGCAUGCAUGGUCAGACUGUGAAGACCUUCAGCUCAGACCGAAAGGAAGGAACAGACUUUGUGUGUUGCACCCUGUCACCCCGCGGGGAGUGGAUUUACUGUGUGGGAGAGGACUUAGUGCUGUACUGCUUCAACUACACAACGGGAAGGCUGGAGAAAACGCUGACCGUUCACGAGAAAGACGUCAUUGGCAUCGCUCACCAUCCACAUGAGAAUCUGAUUGCCACAUACAGCGAGGAGGGCCUCCUAAGGCUAUGGAAGCCUUAAGCUGUCGCCUGCAUCGUGAUAUGGAGGACCUCGAGAGCCAUGCACCUGGUUAUAAAGCAAUUCAUUCAUUUCUGUGUGAUUUGCAAAUGGAUAUAUUAAUCCAUCAGUAAAUGAUAAACCAGUUCAUUGAUUGAGAAAGCAAUCUAACAAGGUCCAUUUAGUAGCUGUUUUGAGCUUUUUAUCAUUUCAUAUGAUCUUCAUCAGGAUUUUCCAAGUUGUCGUGGAACUGUACGUGUUAAGAUCGCCAGUUUCUCUGAGCAAGUCGAGAACUUCUUGUCAGUUAUAACAAUCAUUUCCAUGUCAGCUAGGCGAACUCCAUCUGCAGAUGGAUGUGAUGAGAAAAAAAACCCCAGAACGGCUACUAAACUUGUGGCGAGAUUAUUUCGUCAGCUGCUGCAACUUAUGAGUUUUUUAGCUAUUUUUGAAUGAAUCACAGUAUUUUUUCACAAUUGUUUCAAAAUGUCAACAAGUUUAGGAAAGAUUUUCCCACAUAGUUGGAAAGUGGUAAAUUAAUAGAGGUGACAAAUGAAAAAGUAAACACGAGAGAAGUUGGUAAAUCAAAAUGGAUAGUAAGAAAAUAAUCUUUUCAGUCUCUUUACUACAAUUACAGAACAAAGCUGUAGAUAUUUCAUAUUUUCUGAUUGUAAAUGAAACCCACAAAAACACCACAACCAACUAUAAUUUCCAAAUUCUCUAAAAUGUCUUUGGCACUUAUGUAUGUUUAGUCCUCCUGAAGAUGUAAAUCUUUAAAAUCAAGUAUCAAAUAUCAGGUCUUUAUUUACAUUUAUAAUGUAAAUAAUUUCCUGAAACAGCUGAGCACUGAAGUUUUUAACAAAUGAUAAUUUAACGGGAGUAAACAGUGCAUUUGCUGGGGACUGUUUUCAGCUGCGGAUUAAUACGUAAUGAAUAAAAAUAAACUAUUCAUCGUACCCAUGUUCAUAGUUAUGAAGGAACAUGACAGCCAGUGUGGCUCACUGAUUUGUUUUAAUUGCUUAAAUGGACAACAUUGGAAGUCUACUGUACAACACAGACAAUACUUAUUAGUGUAGUUUUGGUCUCGUCAUAGAAUUUAUUGACAAUAAGAAAAAAUAUAAAAUCUCACUAAGUAUCCUAUAAGGAUAUUGUGAAACUCAUUUACAGACUUCAUUUAAUUAGGUCUUAAUAAAUCUAUUUUUAAUACGCCAUUUAUUUAUAAAUGGAUUGAUUAAUUUCAAGCUCUUUGCUGUAUUGACUUUUGCGUCACUUUCUAGGUCCUCCAUACCAUACACACUCUUCCUCAUGGAUCCAACUUCACCAGUGCAGUUUCAAUCCCCAUUUUCAUCUCUUCUGUCUUUAUUAGACAUGAAAAUGCAUGAUGGUGAACUGUCGUGAAAAUAUUUAUAAUAAAAAACGCCUCGUGUUUGGGCAUAAACAAACAGUAUCAGGUAUAUGAUUUGUCUUUGUUGGUUUAUAAUAAUACUUUUGUAACUUUGAUUCAAUGAUUAUGAUUCCGAUGUAAUGAUUUGUUGUCUUCUGCGUUACCUGCAUGCUACCUCAGUUACACUGUCUAAAUGUGGCUCUACAAUACUUUUAGUAUUUACUCCUUCAAAAUAUGCAUGAUGACUAAGGGUUAACCUCAGCGGAGCUCCAGUGACACAUCCUGUAUCCUGUGUGUAUAUGGUAAAUGUGUUUAAUGUGGUCACUUCACUGUCAUUUUGUUGCACUGACUGUAACUGGUAUUCCUGUGCAUCAGUGGGACACAUAUGCCUGCAAGAAACAGAGCCACUGCCUCGACCAGUAUUUAUUAAUUGUACUUUCUGGUACUAUCUGUCAUCCGUCACUGUGCCAUCAAUUAUCUGUCACUGUUGCAAAAUAAUGUUUAGUCAUUGCACUCUAUUUUCUAUUUUCCUUCAUGUUGUCUGUAUAACACUGCCAGCCAUGUCAAAAAUGAUUAUCA